UUGUUUUCUUGAAAACGCUUUUUAAGCUCUGUUUUAACCCUCGUAACGGUCAUUUAUUGAAUAAUAGUGUUGUUUUUCGUGUAAACAAAUUUAAGUUGAUAUAUUUUUUUACGGAUGAACAGAUUUGUUCCAUGGCUCCAGUGAAAGUUUCCACUUUCACACAAAGGAUUUCCUUUUUAAAAGUGAAACAAGCCGUGAUUUAAACUAUUGAACAGUAAUAACUAUAUUAAUAAUCUAAAUUUUAAAAGUAUUUGACGAGAAAAAGCCUUAUUUCUAAUGCAUAAUAUUUCAAAUUCGUUGCUUUUGGAGAUUUAAUCGACAGCAAUCCGUGUAACAUAUGUUCCGUUGUUUUAAUUUACUCUAAAAAAGAAAAAAAAAAGCAAGUGAGCUAUUGUCCGUAGUAUUCUUAUUGUAGAAGUUUGUCUACAAUUUUGCUGUCUUGUAAUAUCAUUAAUAUAUAUCAUCAUUAAUAUCAUUAAUAUCAUUGCCUAUGAAUAAUGCUGUUAUUUCCAUCCAUCCUUACAUUUAAUAAGUUUUUCACAAAAGCAUUUGAAGUAAUGCAUACCAUAUAAAACAGCUUCCUCUAGUGGAGACAGUGGAGAAAUUAUUUCAGCCAAAAGUUUCACCACUAUUGAACAAUAUAUGUGCAAAAUUUUGUGAAACGCGCUCACACGUUUUCCGAAGACACGUUUAAAAAUAAAUAGAUAAAUAUACUUAUAUUUAUCUAGACUUUUAACUCACUAAGGUGAUUCUAGUCCUUAAUGACAAUUUUAUUUUAGAUCUGCAAGACUAUUUAGACAUCUUCAAAUCUGCUGUCAGAUCUCUUCCUAAAGUAUAAAAAUCAUCUUCACAAUAGGUUGUAAUAAUGUGAGAAAGCAAAAGGUUUUAUUUGCAUUUUCAGAUAAAGAAAAUGCUAAUAAAUUACCGGGGCUUAAUAAUUUCAAGUUAUAUUGUUUUUAUUUGUGUAAGCCAAUAGUUAAAAACCAAAAAACAUCAAAAACAUCACGUUUUAUACAUAAAGACAGGAACAAACUUUAGAUUUGAUCAAAAUAAUUUGAAAGUUUUCCUGUAAGCCUCUUCAGUUACUGCAGGACAGUAUUGUGUUACUGAUUACGAAAGUACUGGUGAACUUUCACCUGUGUACAAAAAAAAAAAAGAAAAAAAAGAACAGGACAGCUCCUCCCUCACCGUCCAACUCCCACUUGUCCCACUUCUGCAUUUUGCACUGUUCAUAUCGCCACAUUUAAACAUCUAUAAGAAAAGGAAGUCAAAUAGUGUCCUGCUGCGAAAUAGAAAACCUGUCAUUUAGAAAAAAUGAGCAGCCAAGUUCCUCUGGUUAAUGUGGAAAAGUGGAUCGCUGAAAACCAGGAUGCUUUUCUACCUCCAGUGUGCAACAAGCUGAUGCACUUUUCCCAGUUGCUCGUCAUGUUUGUUGGGGGUCCCAACACCAGGAAGGAUUAUCAUAUAGAGGAAGGGGAAGAGUUGUUUUUCCAGCUGAAGGGAGACAUGUGUCUGAAGGUGAUUGAAAAUGGCGUCCACAAGGACGUUCACAUCAAAGAAGGCGAGAUGUUUCUGCUCCCAGCUCGAAUCCCCCACUCCCCGCAGAGAAAGGCCAACACCGUUGGACUGGUGGUGGAGCGAAGGCGACUGCUGACUGAAACAGACUGCCUGAGGUACUACGUGGACAACACCACCAACAUCCUGUUCGAGAGAUGGUUCUACUGCGAGAAUCUGGGGACACAACUGGUUCCGAUUAUCAAAGAGUUCAUGGCAUCAAACCAGGCUAAGACGGGAAAACCGGAUCCAGAUGAAGUUUUCAGAGAGCCUCCGUUCCAGAUGAACACCAUGAAUGUGAUGACACCGUUUUCCUUCAAGGACUGGCUCAACAAACAGAGGCCAUCUUUGGCUAACGUCAGGCCCAUCAACAUCUUUGGAGCUCAGUUUGAGACAGAGGUAAUGGUGUUUGGACCUGGACUUACAGAGACCUCGGUCCAGCAAACUGAUUUGUGGAUUUGGCAAAUGGAGGGAUAUUCAACAGUGACCAUGGCGGAGCAGACGUUCAGUUUGACUUCAGGAGAUAGUUUGCUCAUCCCCGAACAGAGCCAGUACAAGUGGCAGAGGAAUGAGGGGACUGUGGCCUUGGUUGUUGUGCAAAAUCCAGAGCGGAAGAGAACCUAAUUGUCAACUACAAACCUUCAAAAUUCACUUAAAAAGAUAGAAGUUGUAAAGGUGUUAACUUUUUUAUUAAAACAUGUAUUUUUAAAAACGACAUUGACAUGAAACUUACACCAGAGGUCAGUAGCAAACCAAGUAAUCCACACACAAAAAUGAGACCAAAACAAAUCAUUCCACAUUUUCAACUCUGAUGAUACAGGGAGAAAGUAAUAACACACUUACUGAAUUUUAUCAGCAUUAGUAGAAAAGCCUCCAGCUUUUUUUUUUCUGGGUUUUAUCGUCAGCUGUUAAAUGAAGAACAUGCAGUUACAUUCCUCCUGUCAUACUUCCUUUGAUUAUCUGACGUUUCCUAGCACUUUAUGCUCAAAAACAACCUCACACCUUCUUGUUCUUUGGGGUUUUUGGAGUGAUAUUCACUCCAGAUCCUCCUGCAAACGUCUGUUCUCUUAAUCUUUCAUUUAAUUCCAGAAAUACUCUGUAGAAAACUAUAAAAGAUAUUUAUCAUGGGUUUUCUUUAAUAGUGGAGUUUUUCCCAGUGAGUUGUGCAAUUGCAGUUGAGUUAAUAUUUCUUUGAAAUUCAGUUUAAAGAAAUACGUUUUGCAAUAAUGAGGUUGUGAAUUUCUUAAGAGCUUUUUGGUUUGACCCAUCAUGUUUGCUGAGUAAUGAGAAAACGUUUCAUAGAUGAUCACUGCAGAGUAAAUUAUUUAAUAUUAGUCAGACCUGAUAAAAGGUGAUUGUUGACCUUUUUUCUUGACUUUCUAUAGUCCAACACAUUUUCUAUGUAUUAUUUCGCUUAAUUAUUUUGAAAUUAAUGCGUGGAUUUGGGUUGUUAAUGACAUGGGGUGAAUUUUGUACAAACAUCCUAUUAGAUGUAUUUUUACUAAGAAAAACAAUAACUUGUUCAAUGCGCUUUGUAUAAUGGUAAUAAAUAAUGCCAAUUUACUUUAGUUUUAUUAUUUAGUGAAGCUAAGCAUAAUGAAAGAAGAACUUGAUUCUGAAACUGAUUUUAAGGUGGCAGGAAUAAAAUGACAUGAAAUAA